AGGUCUAUACGAAGACUCCGGCUGACUCUUCAUCCUGUAGACUCAACGAGAAACAACAGAACCAGAACAACACACACAGAUGGUAAAGUGGUGAAUGGGAGUUGGGAGAAGAGGAAUGGCUUCAUCCGGGAGAGACCAGCCGGAAGAGAAUCACCAGCCAACCUGGAGGAGCGUCGAGGUAGUGGCAGCAGCAGCGGUGGUGGCAGCACGUUGACCAAUGGGGUGUCACGAGAGGCGGGCUCAGGCGGUACGUUGACCAAUGGCAGGUCUCGGGAGGAGGGGCCUAAGGUGUACGGGGUGGUGCGGCGCGGAGGAGACUCAGAGAACCAGGAAGUGAUGGCACGGGAGUGGUCUGUCAAUCACCUGCAGCAGGAGAUGAAGUAUAUACGAGAGGUGCGAGACUCCCUUGAGAAGGUGAGGGAGCGGAUGUACGGCCAGUUUGGGGGCAUGCAGCAGUCAGUGGAGAAGCUAUCACGAGAGAUCAAGGCUGCUAACUCCCACAGGCGUACUCUGGAGAGGGAGGUGCAGGUGAGGACAGCAGCCAUGGAGAGCUUCGACCAGAUGAACACCAGCCUCAUAUCAGCCAACAUCAACCUACAGAAGAGUCUGCUGGAGGACUGCCAGACGCGUGUGAGUGCUCGUGAGGAGCGACGGGGGGAGAAGGGGACGCAGGAGAGAGUUCAGGACACACUGAGGGAGAAGGAGAGGGAACUAGCGGCCGCCCAGGAGGAGAACAGGAGCCUCAAACGCCAGGUGGAGGUCUCUCAGGAGGCCAGUGCCCAGGCCUUGAGGGAUCUGAACACCAAACUGCAGCAGCAAUACGACCAGAGACUACAGGAGGAGCAGAGACGACACAGAGAAGAGAUAGAAACACUACAGGCCCAGAUAGACGUGUAUGUGAAGCGUAUAGAGGAGUUGGAGCGUAACGCUCGCGAGGCGGAAACCAAGAUAGCAGAGAGAGACCAGCGGAUACUGGAACUACAGAGACUUACAGACGCCAUGGGGAAGGAGAAGAACCAUCUGCACCUGAAGUUGCAGGAGGCAGAACAGAAACUGCAGCAGCUGAGCACCAUGAACCAUAGAGACCCUGCUGUUAUCAAGAGGGAGCGUCAGCUUGAGGAGGAGUCCUCAGACCUGAAGGAGCGUAUUAAACACCUGAAUGACAUGGUCUUCUGCCAACAACGCAAGGUCAAGGGCAUGAUCGAGGAGGUUGAGCAUCUGCGUGCGAAGGUGGCCCAGAAGGAUGCCUUCAUCUCCGACCUGCUGGACCGACUGGCCAUCGUGGAGUGUGAGGUAGAGUACAGCACAGGAGAUAGAUAG